AUGACGAUAAUAGACUCAGAGUCACAGUCCCUUCUCGCCCAGACAAAUUCCAUGAAGGCUUGGCUUGACCUUCCUGGAGGCGCUUCAUCAUUCAGUGUGGUGGGGACCUGGCAGGACAUAGCAGGAAAAGAGAUUAGGGUUCAAUGUGACUAUUCUCACUUCGGCCAAGACACAAGCCGUGGAGCGGCUUUUUUCAAAAAGAUGAGGCUCGACUGAUAAGGAGAGGAGUAUGAGAAGCGAAAUAUACGUAGAUUGCUCGCGGCUAAAUAUGAAUUGAGACUCAAGCUAGAAUUGAGUAAAGAUCCCCAUUUUCCUAGUGAUAUGCGGGACAAAGAUCGUUAUAAGUUGUCCAAGUUGCCAAGAAACUUUGCACGAGUAAGAAAGCGAUGUAUUUUCACGGGUCGCCCUCAUGGAGUAGAUGAGUUCUUUAUCAUUUCUCGUAUCCUUUUUCGUGGAUUAGCAUCUCGAGGUCCUUUGAUGGGCAUAAAGAAAUCGUCUUGGUAGCAACCACCAAACCAAUAGAACAAGGCUUAGCUCUGCAGCUGGUCCAUAAGCAAGGUAUGUAGGUCCAUUACCGGCCGGCUCCGGACCGAAAAGACCUGACUCCGUAAUCCUUUAUCUCAGAUCUUUGAUGCUAACGGGGCUGGGGGACCUCUCUACCGCCUCCUGUAAAGUAUGCUCCCCAGACAUAGACUACGUACAGGAUAGUACUCUUGGAAAGAUAGAAUAUCACCGCGUGAACAUAAGAUUCAGUUACGAAUCUAACUCCCGAGGGAUCGA